AUGGAUAUAUGCUCUCAGGCUUGUACAUCUAGCGGGUCUUCUAUUGCUACUAUUGAUUGGGAACUAUCGAAUAGCGCAAAAGAAAGUGAAAGUUGUGAUUAUGGCAGUCAACUUCAAGCAUAUAACGAACUUUUUCGAACGGGGUCAUCAACGACGGUUACGAUGAAUGAGGAAGAGUUUAAUGCAAAUACGGCAUCGUCGGUUGAUCUGAACGCUAACGCGAAUGAAUCUCCCACAGAUGAUCGAUGUCGUGUGUGUGGUGACACACAAGCGAAAAUGCAUUACGGUGUAUUGGCAUGUUUCGGAUGUAAAGGCUUCUUCAGAAGAGCGUUGAAACGGGCCAAUCAAUACGAGUGCAAUAACAAUCGAAGAUGUGUUAUUGAUAAAUUUGAACGUAAUUCAUGUCGCUAUUGUCGUCUUCAAAGAUGUCUCGAAGUGGGCAUGGAUCCUACAGCUGUUCGGCCAGAUCGAGACUUCACGGGACCUCAACAUGCGAUAAGAUUACCGAUUGUGAAACGUUCUUCGACGAGAGAUGACUCGUGUCAUGAUCAAGAAGUGCAUGAUGAAACUUCUGAAUGGAGCAAACGAUUGCCUGUCGAGAUGCGAACGAUGCUGAUGAAUUUGUUGAAUAUUGAGGCGAAAGUGACCAAAGGAGACACAAAGAAGAAAGCCAACGAAGUCUAUCCAUUGCCCGAGCAUACACUUCGAGAACUGAUUGAAGAUCCGUCUAAACUGAAAGGAUUGCGGACGGAGAUGCGCUAUGAGCCGUACAGAAUGGCUGCAAAUUCAGAGCUUUUACUGAUCGCUUAUCGACGUUUGAUCGCUGCAGUUGAUUGGGUCACCUAUGUAUCAGAGAUGAUCGACGGACUUUCAUUGGAUGACAAAAUCGCCUUGGUGAGGAACUGUUUUGCUCCAUUACUUGUGUUCAAGUUUGCCGUUCGUACUGCCGAAGUGACCGAUGAUCCGGACGUUUUAUGUCUUUGUACAUUUUCUUUCGUUCCACGGAACAUGGCCAAGGCAUACACUGAUUCAUAUCAUUUGAGUAAUGGCCUGGUCGAGAGAGCGCUUGAUGAGCUUGUGACACCGCUGCGAAAUUUAAAACUGAAACAGGAAGAGAUGGUUUGCCUCAGUGCAACAAUUGUACUAAAUCCACACGCAAAAGAUCUCUCAUCAGAAGGAUCACAGAAAAUAAUUGAGUUACGGAGUCGCAUACAGGACACACUUUAUCAUGUCAUCAAAGAGACGCGUUCCAAGGAUCGAGCUAGUGUACAGUUCGGCAAUUUACUGCUCUUCUUAUCGAAUGUCACAUUGAUCGCGAACAGUAUGUUGGAGAAUCUUCAAUUCGCGCAGACGUUCAGUCAGUUCGGUGGAGUACCGCUUUUGACGGACCUUUUCGGUUGUUUUCCAGUUGAACCAUUCAGUGAUGCUCCAUUGAGUGCAGUCAGUAGCAACAGUACGAUAAUGAUGGAUAUAGAUGAGGAGGAUUGCAACUUGGACAAACCAGCAGUAAAAAAUGAAGCGACAUAUGCGGAUGUUGCAAUCCAAACAGAUCCGAAUGAUUUUGAUCAAGAGAUGAGACAGCAAAAUCGAAUGCAAUCGUCAUUGCUGAGUCCACUAGAAAAUCACGAACAUCGAGAUUUCGAACUGCUUCAACCACCUUGUGUGUACACACUUACUGAGAUGUUUGAUGACGCAAAUACGGAAACAAGAGAUCAAUUCGUUGCACAAAUGAAAGAUCAGAAGGCUUUAUUGGAAGGCACAACGACGGCAGCAUAUCCAUGUUAUGUGCAGAAUCAUCCAUCGAUAAAUGCUGAACGCAAGAGCACCUUCCUUCAAUCGUCUCCACACCGAUGCAACUCAUUUUCAGCUGCCAAUAGUAUGCAAACGAAUGAACGUAAUUCGCCGUCGUCAUCUGCCUAUAAAAUAGCAAUACCAAACUGGAUUAAAAACGAAUCUCCAUCGCUAAACUUUAAUCAGUCGAUCAAUUCAAACUGUACCCAGCCAAAAUUCACGCUUGAUGUCGACAGUUCAUCGAGUCAUUCGAAUUCACCACCAGGUGAUCGAGCAGAUCCGAUGAACAUCACAAUCAGUAGGAAUUUCAAUGGAGCGUUCACAUCUUCUGUACCAGCCAACUUCAUGCAUAAUGUUUGUUAUCUUUAA